GCCACCGGAACUGGGGAGAGACGCGCCGGGGCGGCGGACUGGGCCAGGAGACCAGGGACAGAGGGACGCUUGUCCGGGGACAGCCUGCAACGAACUGCGGCCCGGAAGGCGAGAGCGGCGGCCCGUGCCGAGCUGUUCCAGCCGCACAGAACUGUAGCCGCUGCACCAGGACGUUUUUUAAAAAGCUCUUCAAGCUAUUCCCCCUCCCCCCGACUCCUCCCGCUGCAAAAGAAAAGAAAAAAAAAAAAAGGAAGGAAGGAAAGAGGCUAGAAAGGAAACCCAGAUUUGCCAUCACAACGAAAAAAGAGGGGAAAAGGAAAAGAAAAUAAAGUCGAGAGACUGUGGGGUUGCACGCAGGCAGCUGGAGCGUGGGCCGAGCGAUGUGGGGCUGCGCGCCCAGGCGGCCGCGAGUUGCUACUGGAGCCACGAUGCACGGCCAGGCGCGCUCUACCUCAAACCCGAGAGAACUCAGCGGCGCUUUCCCUGCAAGCCGAGCUCGCCGCGUCGUCCUCUUCCUUCUCCGACUCCGUUUUAUUUAUUUAUUUCCGUUUCUGUCGCCGUUCUCGGUGACCUUCACUCCUUCGCGGGCUCUGGACAGAAGAGUCGCUUUCUCGCCCGCCUGAGACUCUUUCCUCGCCCCAGGAGCGGCGGCGGCGCUGCUGUGCCCCGGGGCCCCGGGGCUGUCGGGCUGCACACUCCACCGAGGCGCCCCCCGCUCCCCAUCAGCCUCCUCCCUCUCUCUGAUUUUCCGGUGCGGGUUUCGGUUUGCACUGCCAAGUGUGUCUCCCCAUUUUGGAGGGGCUGGGGAGUUCCUGCCGGUCGUCUUGGUGAAUCAUCCUCUCGGCUCUACCUGCGCUUCUCUCUCCGGGCCUCACCCGACCAAACCAAAGACCAUGGUGCACUGUGCCGGCUGCAAAAGGCCCAUACUGGACCGCUUCCUCUUGAACGUGCUGGACAGGGCCUGGCACGUCAAGUGCGUCCAGUGCUGUGAAUGUAAAUGCAACCUGACCGAGAAGUGCUUCUCCCGGGAAGGCAAGCUCUACUGCAAAAACGACUUCUUCCGGUGUUUCGGUACCAAAUGCGCAGGCUGCGCGCAGGGCAUCUCCCCUAGCGACCUGGUGCGGAGAGCCCGGAGCAAAGUGUUUCACCUGAACUGCUUCACCUGCAUGAUGUGUAACAAGCAGCUCUCCACCGGCGAGGAGCUCUACAUCAUCGAUGAGAACAAGUUCGUCUGCAAAGAGGAUUACCUAAGCAACAGCAGCGUCGCCAAAGAGAACAGCCUCCACUCGGCCACCACGGGCAGUGACCCCAGUUUGUCUCCGGACUCCCAAGACCCGUCGCAGGACGACGCCAAGGACUCGGAGAGCGCCAAUGUGUCGGACAAGGAAGGCGGCAGCAAUGAGAACGACGACCAGAACCUGGGGGCCAAGCGGAGAGGGCCGCGCACCACCAUCAAAGCCAAGCAGCUGGAGACGCUGAAGGCCGCCUUUGCCGCUACACCCAAGCCCACGCGCCACAUCCGCGAGCAGCUGGCUCAGGAGACUGGCCUCAACAUGCGUGUCAUCCAGGUCUGGUUCCAGAACCGACGGUCCAAGGAACGGAGGAUGAAGCAGCUAAGCGCGCUGGGCGCUCGGCGCCACGCCUUCUUCCGCAGUCCGCGCCGGAUGCGGCCGCUCGUGGACCGCCUGGAGCCGGGCGAGCUCAUCCCCAACGGGCCCUUCUCCUUCUAUGGAGAUUACCAGAGCGAGUACUACGCUCCCGGAGGCAACUACGACUUCUUCCCGCAAGGCCCCCCGUCCUCGCAGGCUCAGACGCCAGUAGACCUGCCCUUCGUGCCGUCGUCCGGGCCUUCCGGGACACCCCUGGGUGGCCUGGAGCACCCGCUGCCCGGCCACCACCCGUCGAGCGAGGCUCAGCGGUUCACCGACAUCCUGGCGCAUCCUCCCGGGGACUCGCCCAGCCCCGAGCCCAGCCUGCCCGGGCCUCUCCACUCAAUGUCGGCCGAGGUCUUCGGGCCCAGCCCACCCUUCUCGUCGCUGUCGGUCAACGGAGGGGCGAGCUAUGGAAACCACCUGUCUCACCCCCCCGAAAUGAAUGAGGCGGCCGUGUGGUAGCGGAGACGCGCACGAUCCGCGGAGUUCGUGGUUGUACAGAAAUGAACCUUUAUUUAAGAAAAACAGAAAAAAAAAGAAAAAAAAAACAUAAAAGCAAGUCAUUCCCCCCACUUCCUGCAGCUUGGGGGACCAUUUUCCGUCUGGGGAGACCGGAUGGGAAAGGGGGACACGAAAUAGAAUCCAAAUCCGCCUGGAGGUAAACUGGGAUCCGUGCGCUGGCUGGCAAGGUGCAGAACUGGGGCUCCCGCAGGGAAACGCAGACCUCUCCCCACCUCCCACCUGGACCCGGAUCCUUGGACAGACACCGCCGGCGUGAGCGAGAACCCGGCGGGCUGCAUAAAAACACCCACGGCAGCCGCGGGGGGCGGCCAGUCGGCGGUGACGCCAGGAGCCGCGGGGAGGGAGGCUGCGCCCGCAGCCGGUUGAGGGCGGUGAAGCGGCCGGGGCGCUCCCGGGCCAGCCAGGAGGGUUCUGGCUCUGGGAAAUGUAUUAGUGUUGUCUCAGAGUUCAGCAACAGCGACAGCAAACUUAUAGCUUCAGAAACGCCGACCUGCUGUGCAUCAGGUGGGACUAUAUAUAUAUAUAUUUUUUGUCUCUCUGGGUUUUUUGGUUUUUUUGUUUUUGCCAAAAUUGCAAAAUUCUAAAUGUAAAGCCCUCAGUAUCAACUCUUCUACCUUCACAAAGCUCUACACACACACACACACACACACACACACACACUCAAUAGGAUGGUCUCCAGCCAGACCUCUUAGUAAAAUGACUUGAACAUCAGCUGUACAAGAAAAGUAUUCUACCUUCACACACACAAAAUUAAAAAAAAACAAAACUAUUGAACUAAAAACAGUCAACUGUUUACGUAUAACGUUAAAUUCAGGAGUUCAGUGUUUUACUAAUAUAUCCUGUUUUGAAACCUCUUGUUCAAAACAAAGUGUUUUGAGCAAUCAACCAAAAUUGUUCAUUUUCUUUUCCUGUAGAUGUUCUGACAGAUUUACAGGGCUCACAGCUCACUGUGCUAGUAUGUAAAAAGGUGUUGUUUACACAAGGCAAAGAGAAAACAUGAUAUUCAGACACUUGCCAAAUAGAGUAAUUAUAGCACAAAUACUGUAAAGGUGCCUGGCACCACAACCUGAAAAAGUGUUAAAAAAAAAAAAAAGUGUUACAAGGUUUAAAAAAAAAAUCUUUGCUAAUUUUUAGUCCUGUUGAACAUUCAUGGAAUUGUUAAUAUGACUUAUAUAGACCCACACAGGUUUUAUUUUUGUGUCUUUAAAAUAAAAGUCCAAAAUAUUUAAAUUUUAUGGUCAAAUAUGCAGUCAACAGCUGCUACUUUUUUCUUUAUAUAUUAAAUUUCUCAUAUGUCUUUUAUUGUUCUGAUAAACCUAAGCUUGUGUGACCUCCAGUGCAUAUUAGACCAUUCACUGUAUGAAAGAAAACAUGUUGAAUAAAUUUGUGAGUUUUUAAUAAAAAUAGAAAAUCUGA